AUGUCUGUCCACGGCCAGCUCCAGAUUUUUAUAAUUAGAGAAGGGCGUGGUCUGUCAUUUCCGCGCUUCUUUCAUUUUCUCAUAACAUGUGACAUUGUUUUUUUUAUUGUGUUUUACAGCUGGCUAGCCUUCACCACUAACUCCUGGUACAGAAAUGACAGUGGCGACUACCUUGGAUUGUGGAGAACAUGUACAGCUGGUGUAAUAGGUGCCUGUUCCCCCACCGAUGGAUCUGCUAACACAAAAUAUGGCGUGGUUCAAGCGUUUUCAAUCAUUGGAUUUCUAUCUCAAAACGCGGGAUUCCUGCUAAUCCUCCUGUACAUGUUCAGAAACAACUACAGAGGAAACACUGAACUGCGCGUGGCCUCAGCCAUCCUGUUGAUACUCUCAAUGAUUGGCUGGCUCAUAGCAGUUGCUAUAUUUGGAGCUGAACACACAGACGAUUCAGACCGCUUACACUACUCAUACGCGCUGGCCGUCUGCGCAUGCGGGCUUGGUCUCUUCGGUGGAAUCCUCAUGUUUAUCGGCGGUGGCGGACACAGACAUGUACAGACAGUUGUGGUCACGCAGUGA